GCAGAACAUUCUCUUUGCGACUUUUCAUUAGCAGUGAAUUAUCAGGGAAUUUAUGAGAGGCUGCACACCUCAUGAAGGCGAGAUGAUUUCUCAGGAUGGUGAAGAAUAUACAGUUGAUUUCAGCAAGAAAAUCGGAAGUGGAGCAUAUGGAAACGUACACGUAGGAAGAGCGUCAUCUGGUAGGACCGUUGCAGUGAAGUGUGCUCGAGAUGCCAAAGAGAUCCAGGCAGCACGCAAAGAAGUUGAGUUCUAUCGAAGAUGCGCUGGUGCUCCUAAUAUAGUAAAAUAUGUCGGCAGCCGGUAUAGGGAGGCGACCGAUCACUCUCCAGAGAGAUUUUCAUUUGCUAUGGAACGAGCCUUGUUUUCUUUGGAUAGACUCAUGAAGCAGAUCCGAUAUCUGCAGGGACUUCCGAAAGACAUAUUGAUAGAUCUUUUAGUGGAUUCGACUUCUGCUUUGAAUACUCUGAAAAGUCGAGGAAUUGCUCAUCGCGACAUCAAGCAUCUUAACAUCCUGGUGUUUCCAGGUCCUCGGAGAGGACGAAAAUCGCAGUAUCUAUUCAAACUUUGUGAUAUGGGAGUCUCAAGCUUUGUACAUGAGGAUGGUUUGAUGCAAACUCUAGUCGGCACUCCGCAUGCGCUGUGCCCAGUGAUGGCAGAUGCUCAUGCUCAUAGACAAACUAGGACUCGCGACUCUUAUACCGGUUCACAAUGUGACUUGUGGUCACUUGGUUGUACAUUCUAUUUUGUUUCUACGGGAAAAUAUCCAUUUCCAAUGGAUUCCAAAGAUAGCAAAGUCUACGCCGAAGCAGUAGCCGAAUCUAAGCGGCCUGAGGGUGCCAUAUCGGCGGAAGUAACGGAUACGCGUUACAAGUACAGUUACGGUUACACUAUCCCAAAUCUUUCUUAUCCUAAAUGGUUCCGCCACUGUCUUGCCAAGCUGAUCGCGACAUUAUUCAGCAAGGAGCCUACGCUAGCAUCUCUUGACGGCAUGGUUUCAGCAUUGCAAAACUGCGUCGAAAAGAAGUAUAUUUCCAUAGAAACAAUGGACAUCUACUCUUACUCCAAUCUAGAAAAGAUAUCACAGUUCAGUGACGGGUAUCCGAGUUUACAUGAGGAACUGUGUCUGAAAAAUGGUGUUGAGUACCGCUUACUGUAUGAGAACGAGUUGAGCGUUUUAUCUGGCGACUCUGUUGGAAAGAAAUGCCACCAGUUUCCACCUAUAUUAUUCCCGCUUCUUACUGAUAUACCAUGGACGCCGAAAAUCUGGUGGCGAACUGUUCAGGACAACAAAGAACUGCGCAUGAAUGGAGCGCAAUCAUCACGAUCAUUCCGCUUUUCGAUGCAUUCGCAAGUUGGGGAAGCCCUAUGGGAUUGCGAUAAAAUACUCGAGGUCGUUGAUAAAUCAAAGAGUAUCCUUUGUAUGCAUUUAGAGAAGAUCAAGAGCGAGCUCGAAGGUGCUCGUGAACAAACGCAGAUGCCCAUACGAUUCACAAUAUAUGCGAAAAAGCAAUCAUUUGCUCUGCUACCGUUCAUGAACGAAACCACAGACAAGGUAAUAAUGAAGAGCGUAUGCGAAAUGGCUGACCGUGCAACAAAAGAGCUGGAAAAUUGCAUAGCUUUUUUGAAUGAGUCCCUGAACUCUGCAUCAGUAUGCUUGUCUGAGCUGGAAUCGAUUGCCUUGGAAGCUACCGAAAUCCCGGGAGUAGAAGAGGAGCUGAAUGAUAUUUUGAAUGAAGAUCCAUCCUUUGAAGUCUUUUCGUACGAAAAAAGUUUGGCCAGUCAGUGCAUUGCGCGCAGAGCUGAUUUAGCGGCUCAGCUUUGUAAUAACACCAAAAGUUCUGUCGUGCGUGUGCUGCUGAGGACAGCCCGGUUUGUUGUGGACAUCUCAGUAGAGAUGGCAAAAUAUCGCAAUUACAUUGAUGAUUACAUUGCAUUGAUAGAAAGACCUUUUCAGGAAAUGAAGCGCUGUGUAGAAAGAAUGCAGGCCGAACACAAUUUAGAUGAUCGCAGUUUCCAGAAGGCUCUACGAUACUAUGAACGACCAGCUAACAUUGUGGCUCAGGCGCGCUUGAUUCGCGAGAAAGUUUCGCAGGUAUUUGAUAUGCUACAACAAGUGGAUGGAUCCAAGUAAAUAUGUCCACGUCGGAAUUUGAAGACAACCUUUAGUUAAUUGUCUUCAUUUUGAAUGUUGCACCUUUUUUUGCAUUUUGAACCAUAUUGUUCCAAGCUUUUUCAAUCAUGGGUUUGACCCAGCUUGCUUGUAGUCUCUACUUAGCCCCGUUAUGUUACUAUGUCUUAUUCCGGUGUGUCUGAGCCCCGGUUCUGUUAUCAUGUCAUAAUUUGUGACUCACAAGUGCCAUAAACGUGUUAGCACAAUGAGAAUUGCUAGAAGUUGCUAGUUUGUUAUAAUGAAUUUGAGUUAAAUGUACAGUUGUAUAAAAAUGUUGAAUAAAUGUACAGUAUGU